CAGCCUAGCUUCAACCAUUUUGCUUCGGAAUUCAGGUAAUAGGCCUCUCUGGGAUCGAUACUCAGCUGACAGGGUUCUGACUUCUGAGUAUCAAAGAUUUGAUAAUCGAGCCUUCCUUGUUGGUUCUUACUGGCUUUGGUUCUGAGUUUUGCUACUGCUUAUCUGGAAGCAUACUUUUGGGGUUUCAAUGUUUAUCUUCAUUUUAUGCACUAGUAGAGUAAUUUGAGUCGGCUCAGGUUCUCCAGAUUACUUAUGGAUUGCAACAGAGAAGAGGCCAUUAGGGCCAAGGGGAUCGCUGAGAAGAAGAUGGAAAGCAAGGAUUUUGCAGGAGCACGUAAGUUUGGUGUGAAGGCACAGCAACUUUAUCCUGAUCUGGAGAACAUAUCUCAGAUGCUAAUGGUGUGUGAAGUGCAUUGUUCUGCUGAACAGAAGUUGUUUGGGGGGAAUGAGAAGGACUGGUAUGGUAUUCUUCAGAUUGAUCAGAAAGCAGAUGAACAGACAAUUAAGAGGCAGUUCAAGAAGUUUGCUCUCCAACUUCACCCUGACAAAAACAAAUUUUCUGGUGCAGAAGCUGCUUUUCAGCUAAUAUCCGAAGCUCAAAACGUACUUUUGGACCGUGACAAACGUAGCUUGCAUGAUAUUAAACGCAGGGCUUGUGUUAGUAAAACAAAUGUCCCGUAUCAACCCCCAGCAAAGGCGAGUUAUUUUCACACAGUCAGAACUAAUAUUCCAGGCAUGAAUCCCCCGAACCGGCAGCAACAGCAUCCCACUUUUUGGACUAUGUGCCCGUUUUGUAAUGUUAAGUACCAGUAUUAUAGGGUAAGUGCCCUGCACAAACCUCUUACUUGUCAAAGCUGCAAGAAGCUCUUCGUUGCAUAUGAGACAAACGUGCAAGCACCACCAACUACCGUCAAUCAGCAGGCAUACCCCCAGCAAAAAUGUGGUUUCAGCAAAGUUGAAAUUAAAUGUCAGGGAAAUUUUACUGCUGAUAAACCCAAGUCUGAACCUUUUCAAAAGAGUGGUCUGCAGGCAGGUGGUUCUUCUGGUAUUGGUUCUGAAAAGGUGAACCGAAAGAGAGACAAAAAACGAGACAGGAAGCGUGUAGUAGCCAGUGAAAGCAGUGACUCUGAAAGCAGCACUGACUCUGAAGAUGUUGAUAUGGAAGGUGUUCAUCAAAGAUUUUAUGGGGAGCAACCUAGAAGAUCCUCACGGAGUAAGCAGCAGGUAUCUUAUAAGGAAAAUCUAAGUGAUGAUGAUGACAUUCCUCUAUCAAAAAGGGGGAAGAGGAGUGGAUCCUCAUGUGCCACUGAAGAACAAAAUGAAUAUGCUUCUAAAGAGGAGGAAUCUAAAAUGAAUAGCCAAUCUGAACCCGUGGCUAACACCAAAGGAGAUGAGGAAAAGGUGAAACAGAAAGAAAGUGCUUCUGUCAAAAAUUCGUCGAAGGUUCAGGCCAAAAAGAUGGUGAAUGAUGAGAGAAGCUCAGAAACUAAAGAGAAAGUUCAUGAAAAUCCUACAUCAGAUACAAGCUCCCAUGAGAAAAUAGCAGAGCCACUGUAUUCUGUUCCCCUCAGUGACUUCAGUGACUUUGAGAAUAUCCGGACAGAAGAAUGUUUUAAAGUUGGGCAGCUCUGGGCUGUUUAUGAUAAUCAAAAUGGGAUGCCAAGAUUUUACGCUAGGAUUAAGAAACUUCACUCUCCUGUGUUCAAGGUGCACAUAACCUGGCUGGAGGCUGAUCCGGAUGAUGAUAAUGGAAAAAAAUGGUUGAAUGCAAAUUUGCCGAUUUCUUGUGGUAAAUUCACACAAGGCCAGUCUGAAACCAUAGAAGGUAUUGGGAUAUUUUCUCAUGUGAUAUGUUGGGAGAAGAUUAAAAAUACUUACAAGAUAUAUCCAAGAAAGGGAGAGACUUGGGCCAUUUUUAAGAACUGGGAAAUGAACUGGUGCUCCGAUCUGGACUCUAAUUGUAAGCGUAAGUUUGAGUAUGAGUAUGUUGAAAUUUUGUCUGAGUAUGACGAGGGUGUUGGAUUGCAUGUUGCACUCUUGGAGAAGGUGGAAGGCUUUGUGAGUGUUUUUUGUCAAACGGUGCAAGAAGGAAAAGGCACGUUUCAUGUUCUACCAGGUGAAUUAUUGAGGUUCUCUCACAGGCUUCCAUCCUUUAAAUUGACUGGUGAUGAAGGAGCAGGAGUGCCAUCAGGAUCUGUUGAGCUUGAUCCUGCCUCUAUGCUCUUUAGUGCUGAGGAAAUUGAAGCAAGAGAAAAGAAAAGUCGUACCAAUGGGUUAUUUUCCAAGUCGUCAGAUAUGAGGGAAUCUAUGACGGGGAAUGUAGCUACACAAGGGGGUGACCCGAAUAUAAUCAAUCUGGAGCCUGAACAAAAUAAACCUAGUCAAGAUCAUGAUGCUCAUGAAGCGUCAGAUAUUGAAGUUCCGGAACCUGUAUUUUACAACUUCGAUGCUGAUAAAUCGCUGGAAAAAUUUGAGAUUGGUCAGAUCUGGGCAUUGUACAGUGAUGAAGAUGGCUUGCCCAAAUAUUAUGGACAGAUAAAAAAGAUUGAUUCUAGGAGAUCUAAAUUGAAGAUUAUGGUUGCAUGGCUUGAAUCCAGCUCAUUGCCAGGCGAUGCGGUGGAGUGGUGUGAUCAAGACAUGCCUAUUUCUUGUGGGAGAUUUGAGAUUAGAAAGAAUUAUUUUCAAGAUUAUGAUUCUACCCAGUCCUUUUCGCAUCUAGUCAAAGCAGUUCUGGUUAGUAGAACUGAAGUUGAUAUCUUGCCCAAGAUGGGUGAGGUUUGGGCAGUGUAUAAGAACUGGACUCCUGAUAUCUCGAUUUCUGGGUUGGCAACCUGUGACUAUGAUAUAGUCGAAGUUUGUGAGGUUAAUGAUUUGCAAAGAAAGGUACUGAUUUUAGGGCGUGUGGAUGGCUUCAACUCAGUUUUUAAAGUUGAAGUUAAAGGAGGAUUAGCUGAAACUAUGACUAUCCCCGAGGGUGAGCUUCUCAGAUUUUCUCAUAGCAUCCCUUCUUUCCGGCUAACAGAAGAGAAAGGUGGCAGCCUUAGGGGUUGCUGGGAACUUGAUCCUGCUGCUUUUCCCGUCCGAUACUUUAGUCAAAAUUGAUUUGGCAAAUUGGCCUCAUGCCUUUGGAGCUAGAGGGCACAUGCAUAGCUCUCAAGCCAGGGGUCUCUUUCCAAGAUGCUGGUUUGGAAGAUGGAAUGCUUUGGGAGAAAAUUUUGAAUGUAUGUAGCGGGAUUGAAGCCUGUCAGUUGCUUGUGAAGAAUGAUCAGUCAGAUCAGUAUUUUACUACGAGGGAGGUGAAUGUUCCCAGCAGCCUGAUGAGUUUUGCUCUUUUUCUCUUGGCGGAGAGCAGUUGUCUCUGUGCUGGUUUACAUGUAUGUAAAUUUUUGAACUCGUUUAUUAAUCCUCUAACCUUCAGCAACUGUUGACGCUGAUGCUGUAGUUCCGGGUGAUGUUGGAAUGCCAACCAGCAAUGGAAGAUCUGAACUUUUUACAUCUCAAGAAUGUAUUGUUUUCAGAAACUUGUACUAGUAGACAUUAUUUCGGCUGUUGAAAAUGUAGAUGCAUGCCGCCAAUGCUUCUCUUUUUAUGUGGUUUCUUCCAACUUUUUUUUGUGGGUUGGAGGCUGUUAUUAGUAAUCCUCAUCGGAUCCCUGUUCUGCAAAUGCAUCGGAUAUCAAGUCUUCUGAUGAGUUAUGAGUUUGGAAAGUUGAGCACCUGAGCAGUGGUACGAUAUCAAAUUCUUGUUGGUGCUCUUAAUCUUGAUGGUCGAUAACUUGGUAUAGUUGAUGGACAGAUACAAUAUAGAGAUGUAAGAUGUGCUUUAUAUAGCAACAAAUGCUCCAACUUAUAAGGCUGUUGAUGAGAUUUAGUAACUAAAGACUAAAAGUAGCGAAGGACUUUAUUAGCAACGCUUGUGAGAACAAAAAUUACUCAAAAUAGGGUCCUCAAUCUGAAACCUUUCCAUUUGUGAAUGCCGCAGCUGCAUCUCAGACCGGCGUUCCACCCUUUGGUUGCACACUUGCACAUACCAGGACUUGGUUUUGCUAGACUUCAACCUACCUGUAUAUCAAGUACGAUUAUCAUUUUCUGAUCUCCCAUUUGUUCCCAAAUUAACUAAUGCAAACUUGUUUU